AUGGCCGCCGCCGGUGCGCAGGCAGUCAACAUCAAGGCCAACGAUGAUGCCUCCAGUGGCACCGCGCCACCAACGGGCUCAGAUACGUUCGAGGUCACCGCGGGGCAGAAGAUGCUUUCUGCCAUUACUGUGACACCUCUCGAUGUCGUCCGUGUACGAUUGCAAUCGCAGAAUCCUCGCCCAGGGCCAUCACCGAACCUCGACUUUACCCGCCUCACCAUGUCGACGACGAGCCUCACACCAGCGCAAGCAUCAGAACUCGGCGUUACGGCAUGCUGCCGCGAGGUCUUCUUCAUGGGCAACAAUGCCGAAUACUGCCUGGCGUCUACCCCCAAAAUAGGCGUCGCGACCACGACCACGUCAAUAACGCCGCCUGUGGACUGCGCCGUGCAGGAAACACAGCGCAAGACAUACAGCUCAACUCUCGAUGGGCUACGGAAGAUCGCGCGGAAUGAGGGCGUCACAACUCUGUGGCGAGGUCUCUCUCCCACAUUAGUGAUGGCAGUACCCGGCAACAUUAUCUACUUUACUGGGUACGAAUGGCUGCGAUACAACCAUAAUUCGCCCUUUUCCAAGAUGUCGGACGACUAUGCACCCUUGACUGGAGGAUCCGUUGCUCGCGUCAUGGCCGCAACAGCGGUUGGGCCAAUCGAGUUGGUGCGCACGCGGAUGCAGGCCGCCAACUCAUCUUCCACUGGCAACCACAUGGUGGAGACCUUUAAAGGACUGUACUGGUGGGGAUACGAAGCGAUCCGGUCACGGCUAUCGGAUGUUCGAGAGCAAAGGAAGGGCAAGCCGGUCGACUGGAACGCCUCGCACGCCGAUCGCCGAGCACAGAUUCCGGAAAAUCACACGGAAACGUUCCUCGACAGCUUUGCGUCGGGUGCUCUUUCGGGUGCCUUUGCCUCAAUUGUCACCACCCCGUUCGAUGUGGGCAAGACCAGGACCCAGGUUUACCGGGACGCAGAAGGGCCGCAGCGCCACAUGGCGCGGCUGCUGUGGGAAAUCUUCAAGACAGAAGGAGUCCAGGGCCUGUGGAGAGGAUGGAUCCCUCGCACACUCAAGGUGGCACCUAGUUGCGCCAUCAUGAUCAGCACGUACGAAGUAGGCAAGCGAGUGUUCAAGGGAGUGAACGAGCGGGCAGCGGCGAACAAAGAGAGGACACCAUAA